GUAUUUUUUGUCGCCCCUGGUUUAUUUAGCCGCAAGGUGUUUUUAUUUGGGUUUUAAUAUUAAAAACACUUAUUUGGCUAAUUGAAAUAGUUUUAGUCUUCAAAGGAACACCCAAGAACAUUCAGAGAUGGCGAACUUGAUACAGAAGACGCUUCCCCUGACAAAAACCAGUACACCUGCGCUGCAAUUCCUACGCUACAGAGGAAAAAUCAACAUACAACGUCCCAAAGAGCCGCAUUAUGAGCGAGCCCGUGUGAUAGCCGUAACCCAACCAAAAUACCCGGAAGCUCCCAAGUCUAAAACAUGCUUUCAAAAGAGGGCUGAGCGUUUUCAAGAACAAGUUGAGAAUCCCUACAACGAUAUUAUAGCAAGGGAAGUGCGCAACUGGCUUGAACACUCCCAGCUGGUGGCCAUCUUCCACCUGAACUCCAUUACCUCCGAUGAAAUCUUCCGAGUGAGGGUUGACCUGCACAAACAGAACCUCCAUCUUAAAUCCUACGGCCGUAAGAUCAUUGGGCAGGCUGUUAAGGAUACUCGCUACGAGGCCAUAAUGCCACUGUUUCACUCGAACCAUUGCAUCGUGUUCUCCCCGGAUCAACAGCGUGUGUCCACUCUUCUGAAGAUCACACGCCGGGUGCCUCAAAUGGUGCUGCUUGGAGGAAUUGUGGAGAACACCCUGCUGAGCAGAAACGAGCUUAUGGCCUACGCUCAGAUGCCAGGUCUGCAGGCUGCCCAGGCGCAGCUCGUCCAGACUCUCAACCAAGCAGCUGGCAACCUUGUCCAGCAGCUUCAGGCCCAUCAGAACAGCUUUGUUCAGGUCCUAGAUGUUUACGCUAAAGGCGAAGCUAAGGAUUCAGCGGAAGAGUCCAAGGAAGAAACCAAGGAGUAGUAAUAAAAUAGCAUUUGUUAAAUAACAACAAAAGUGAAAAUGUUA